AUGGACAUCUUUUCUAAGUGGUCGAUUCUUGUGCCGGUGAGGAAGAUCGAGGCUAAAUCUGUUUGCAGGAUCGUGGAAAACGAGUGGAUGCGGAGAUACGGAACGCCGGAGGUUAUCAUUAGCGACAAUGCUACGACGUUCACCGGAAAGGAGUUCCAACAGAUGUUGCAGCGUAGAGGGAUCAAGCACUGGGCAAAUGCGAGGCAUCACAGCCAGGCAAAUCCAGUAGAGCGUGUCAACAGGACGAUAAAUGCAUGCCUGAGAACCUACAUGCGAGAGGAUCAACGAGUGUGGGACACCCGGAUCGCCGAGGUUGAGGAGAUGGUUAACACCACCGUCCAUUCCUCGACAGGGUACACGCCGUACCGUAUUCUCUACGGGCAUGAGAAGGUUGUGAAGGGACAAGAGCAUCGUCUUGAACGCGAGAAAGGAGAAUUGUCGAUGGAGGAGCGAGACCAACACCGUAAAGAUGUGGGUGGUAAUAUCUUUGACGUAGUCAAAAAGAAUUUGCAGAAAAGCGACGAAAAGUGUCGGAAGGUGUACAACUUGCGACACAAAAAGUUCGCGCCCACUUACCAAGUCGGUGAUAAGGUCUUCAAGCGUAACUUCCGGCAAUCCUCAGCAGCGGAGCAUUAUAACGCGAAGUAUGGACCGGUAUACACUCCUUGCGUCAUCGUUGCGAAGCGUGGAAGUAGUUCAUAUGAGCUGAUGGACGAGCAGGGCAAGAAUCUUGGAGUGUUUUCUGCCAGUGAUCUUCGCCCCGGUUCGGAUGGUCCUCAGUAA